UCCACCUCCACCUCCACCUCCACAUUUCUCUCUGUUUUAACUAUCUAUUCAGUCCUGGUGGUCAGCCCUGUUUUCUCUCUCCAAAUCUCGCAUUCAUAAGGCUAUAUCUGAUUCUUCUUCCUCUAGAUUCUCUGUGUGGAUGUAAUAUCUGAGAAAGUAUAUAUAUCUUGAACAGAAAACCAUGGAAGGCGAUCAUUUCUUUACCGACUUUUCUUGCCUAGAAAAUCCUGCCUUUUUGGCUAGUAACUCAGAGGUGGUCGAUGACGACACAUCGCAUAAUACCAUUGACAUCUACUAUGAUCCUGCAUUGCAAGAAGAGCACGUUAAAGUUUUACUUGAGAAGGAGAUUGAUUUUGGAUUCAAAAAUAAUGAUGAAGGAUUUGUCAAAUGGAUUGAGUUCAGAGAUGACCGGUUGCAAGCCAUUAAAUGGAUUCUCAAAAACAGAGCGGUUCAUGGAUUUCAAUUCCGAACAGCAUUUUUAUCCAUUAUGUACUUUGACCAGUUCAUUUCCAAGCGGUCCUUCAAGGGCAAUAAAACAACUUGGCUCAGAACACUUUCUGUGGCUUGCUUAUCUUUGGCUGCAAAAAUGGAGGAGCAAAGAAAUCCAUUACUAUCAGAGUAUAAAGUUGAAGAUUGCAUAAUUGAAAGGAGAUGGAUUAGCCAAAUGGAGCUUGCGGUGUUGUCCACAUUAAAAUGGAGGAUGGAUCCAAUAACUCCAUUUGCUUUUAUUGAUUACUUCAUCAAAAGGUUCCACUUCAACAAGGAAUAUCCACUAGAAACAAAAUACGAUAUCAUUGAAGGAUUCCUCAUCUAUCUUACCCGAGUGAUAAAUGUAAUGCAACAUCGACCAUCUGUCUUAGCAGCUGCCGCCACCAUAAUGGCAUAUGAUCACCAAUUAACGAGAGCAGGACUGGAAGCGAAGAUAAAGUCCUUCCCAACUCUGAAGCUUUUGGAAAUUGAAGAUGUGUGUUCAAUCUACGAAAUCUUGCAAGAGAAGGAAGACAAUGUGAAGUCUACAUGGCCACGAGAUUUCUCACCAGCCGAUUGGAGCUCAGGAAGUGAUUCUGCUAGAGAAACUGUGAUCAGCUAGUAGUUGUCAGUUUGGUGUAAAGAGUGUUGUAUAAUUACAAUUACUUCACAGUCAUGAUCUGGAGUUGAUCAGAAACAGCUGAAAAAAGUAGAAAGCAAAGGAUGAAAAAGAACCCAAAAAAAAAAAAGGAUGAAAAAGACCCAUAAAGGGGGCUACAAUGUCAAAGCUGGUUUGCUGUAAUUACCUAUUCAAUUCUGUGCUUUUCCUUUCUUUCAUUUCUUUUAUUAUUGGGUUUUCAAUAUUUUUGUGGUUCUUGGAUGGGGUUGGUUCUGGGUUACUGUCUUACUGAUGUCUUUGCAACCCUACAUUUUGAUAGGAUGCUUGGGGUGCUUUAUUGCUGUCUAUGAACUUUGAGAGAUGAGGUGAGGUAGGGGGUAGGGGUCUGUUUCUGUGAUUUGAUGCAUCCUUGUUGGAUGUCGGCCAUCAAUCAAAAAUAGUUUGUGAAGGUGUUUGAUUUGAUUUGUUUUGACUGUUCUGGACUUCUGGGGUAUUGCCUUUCAAAGGCAAGGGG